AUGGGUACGUGCUCCAGUUCUCUGGCUCUGAGCCGGGAGCUGUCUUCUCUCCUGGCCAUGGGGGCCAUCGAGCCUGUGGAUCCCCGGGCUUGCCCCCGGGGUUUUUACUCAACUUAUUUUCUGGUUCCGAAGAAGACCGGCGGUUUUCGGCCGGUUCUGGAUUUGCGGGGCCUUAAUCGGUACCUGAAGGUACUUCCGUUCCGCAUGUUGACCGUCGCGGAUGUAUUGCGGGUGGUCGCCCGGGGGGAGUGGUUCACCUCCGUGGACCUGAAGGACGCCUACUUUCAUGUGCCGGUCGCUCCUCGCCACAGGCGGUUUCUCCGCUUCGCCUACAGGGGUCGCCACUGGCAGUUCAGGGUGCUCCCCUUCGGGCUCUCCCUUUCCCCGAGGGUGUUCACCCGUGUUGUGCGGGCUGGUCUGGCUCCCCUCCAGUCGGUGGGCAUGAAGAUUCUGCCCUACCUCGACGACUGGCUGCUGUGUGCGCCGUCGCGCGCUCAGGCGUACGGCGAUACGGCAGUCCUUCUUGCCCACGUGGAUCGCUUGGGCAUCAGGGUGAAUUUGGGGAAGUCGUGUCUGGUUCCUUCCCAGCAGGCGACCUUCCUCGGGGUGUCUCUGGACUCGGUGGCCAUGUUGGCUCGACCGUCGUCCCGUCGGGUGGAGGCCGCUCUUCGCCUCCUCUCGCAUUUUCCGGUGGGUCAGGUACGUCCGUAUCUGACCUUUCUGCGUCUUUUGGGCGUGCUGACGUCCCUGACCGCGGUCGUGCCCCUUGGUCUUCUCUUCUUGCGCCCCCUGCAGCGGUGGCUGAAUGGCUUUCGCCUGGACGCCAGGCGGCACCGGCGACGGUUACUGAGAGUCUCCGGCCGGUGCGCGGUGGCCUUGGCGCCGUGGAGGAAUGGGGCUUUCUUGUUGGAGGGCGUUCCAUUGGGGGUUGCCCCAGUCCGUCGCGAGGUGGUCACUACGGACGCCAGUCGCUUGGGAUGGGGUGCCGUCUGGCAGCGCAGGGCUGCUCGGGGCAGCUGGUCUCUGCGGGACCACGCUGUCCACAUCAACGUCCUGGAGAUGCGUGCGGUUCACCUGGCUCUCCGGCACUUUUACCCUUUCCUACGGGGAAGGCACGUGCUGGUGCGUUCAGACAACGCUGCCGCCGUGUACCACAUCAACCACCAGGGGGGCACGAGGUCCGCUCAUCUCUUGGAGGCCUCCCGCCGUCUUCUUGUGUGGGCGGCCCCUCGUCUUGCGAGUCUGCGGGCCACCUAUCUUCCCGGCCAGUUGAACCGUCUGGCGGACUCCUUGUCCCGCCGUCGCCUCCCGCCGGGGGAGUGGCGCCUCCAUCCCGAGGUGGUGUGCGCGAUUUGGGGAGUUUUCGGCCAAGCCGAGGUGGACCUCUUCGCCUCCCGGGAGUCGGCCCAUUGCCCUCUCUGGUUUUCCCUGGGGGAGCGCUCCAGCCCUCUCGGUCAGGACGCGCUGGCCCACCCCUGGCCGAGGGUCCUGCUCUACGCCUUCCCGCCGCUCCCUCUGAUCUGGCUGACGCUUCGGAGGGUGUCUUUGGAGGGGCACUCAUUGCUGCUGGUGGCCCCCUUCUGGCCGGCUCGCCUAUGGUUUCCCCUGCUGCGCAGCCUGUGUGUCGGCGAGCCUUGGUGCCUCCCCGAGAGGCGGGAUCUACUGUCCCAGUUGGGGGGCCAGUUAUGGCAUCCCGAUCCUCGCCGUCUCCGCCUGCAUGUCUGUUCAGUCAGGCGGACGCUUUUGAACGCCCGGGCGCCCUCCACCCGGCUGCAGUACGCUGGCCGGUGGAGGUUGUUCGUGAAGUGGUGCGGGGACCGUGGGGAUGACCCGGUGAGUUGUUCUGUCCCCACUGUUCUGGACUUCUUACAGUCCCUCCUUGAUAUUGGUCGCUCUCCGUCCACCCUCAAGGUCUACGUCGCUGCCAUCUCUGCUCAUCACGCCAAGGUCUCUGGUGGAUCUGUGGGGAACCACGGCCUGGUCGCUACAUUCCUCAAGGGGGCUAUGAGGCUCCACCCCCGCAGGUGUCCUCGCGCCCCGGUCUGGGAUCUGCAGCUGGUGCUUGACAGCUUGUGCCGCCCCCCCUUCGAGCCUAUGGAUGCGGCCGGGCCUCAGUGGGUCGCCCGCAAGGCGGCGUUCCUGCUGGCCGUUGCCUCUGCUAAGCGGGUUGGCGAACUGCACGCACUCUCGGUUAGCCCGUCGUGCAUGUUUUGGCACCCCGAGGGUUCAGGUGUCACACUGUGGCCUAACGUUGUGUUUAUGCCCAAGGUGUUGGCUGGCUCCCCUUGCAAUCGUCCCUUACGCUUUGCUCGUUACCGCCCCCCGCCUGGGGAGGGUGGGAGCAGACCGGAGCUGUUGUGCCCGGUGAGGGCCCUGAGGCUUUAUGUGGACUCCACGGCAAGUUUUCGUAGGUCGUCCCAACUUUUUGUCUGCUACGGGGCACGUGGUCGGGGCUCUGCCCUCUCCAAACAGCGCCUCUCUCAUUGGGUCGUUGAUACUAUUUCUUACUCCUAUCAGAUGGCUUGUCGCCCCCUGCCGUCGGGUGUGCGCUGUCACUCUACCAGGGGCGUGGCCACAUCCUGGGCUGCCCUGAAAGGGGUGCCUCUGGAGGACAUCUGUGCCGCCGCCUCAUGGUCGGCGCCUGGCACCUUCUUCAGGUUCUACUGUUUGGACGUCACCUCUCCCCACCCGCUGGGUGCGGUCUUCGGAUCGGAGGGGACUUCCCUGUGA